GGCGGCAGCGCGCAGACGCAUGCUGACGGUAUCUGAGAAAAGGCUGGAUACGACGAUCUCGCGCUUGAACGCAUCUGUUGGACACGGGCUCGUCCAACGGCUCUAGUAGACCAUCAGCAGCCUCAAAUUUCCUUCGCCACCUGCAACGAUGGCGCCGGCAGCUUCCAUCCCGGCAGACAUGGCACAGCGCGGCGAACAAAUCAAGGCCGAGCUCGAUGCCAUUCUCCAGCAGCGCAUCAUGUUUCUCGAUGGUGCCAUGGGCACGCUCAUUCAGACCCUCAAGCUUGAAGAAGAAAACUUCCGAGGUGAAGAGUUCAAGUCCCACCCCAAGCCCCUCCAGGGCAACAACGAUGUCCUCGUGCUGACCAUGCCCGAUGAUAUUGUGGAGCUGCACAAGCGCUACCUCCGUGCCGGGGCUGACAUUGUCGAGACGAACACCUUCAACGCCAACGUCAUCUCCCAGGCCGACUACGCCAUGGAACACCUGGUUGAACGCCUCAACAUAGAGGCCGCCCGCGUGGCCCGCCGGGCUUGCGACGAAAUUCAAGCCGAAGGCCUCGGCAAGAAAUACGUGGCCGGUGCCGUAGGCCCCACCAACCGCACCCUCUCCAUCUCCCCCUCGGUCGAGCAACCCGAGCUGCGCAACAUCACCUUCCCAGAGCUGGUCAAGGCCUACUCGCAACAGAUUCGCGCCCUCAUCGAGGGCGGCGUUGACAUUCUCCUCGUGGAAACCAUCUUCGAUACUGCCAACGCCAAGGCUGCCCUCUUUGCCAUCGACGCUCUUGUUGAAGAAGGCUACCCCCGCCUCCCCCUUCUCAUUUCCGGCACCAUCACGGAUCGCUCCGGUCGUACCCUCUCGGGUCAAACCCCAGAUGCCUUCACCGUCAGCGUCAGUCACGCCAACCCCCUGGCCCUCGGCCUCAAUUGCGCCCUGGGUGCCGAAGACAUGCGACCCCACUUGGAAGAAAUUGCCAAGGCCACUGACGCCUACAUCAUCUGCUACCCCAACGCUGGCCUGCCCAAUGCCAUGGGCGGUUAUGACGAGACGCCUGAGAUCACUGGUAGUCAUGUCGAGGCCUUUGCCCGUGAUGGUCUCCUGAACAUUGUCGGUGGCUGCUGUGGAACCAUGCCCGAGCACAUUGCAUCCAUCGUGCAAAAGUGCAGCAAGUUCUCGCCUCGGCCCCGACCACCCAAGCCCCAUCCAAAUGAGAUGCUGCUCUGCGGCCUGGAAACCUUUCUCAUUGGUGAGAACACCAACUUUGUUAACAUUGGUGAGCGUUGUAACGUGGCCGGCUCGGCCCGCUUCUGCCGCCUAAUCAAGGAGAACAAGUACGAUGACGCUCUGGCCGUCGCCAAGAGCCAGGUUGAGAACGGCGCCCAAGUGAUUGACAUCAACAUGGACGAUGGCAUGUUGGAUGGCAUCAAGGCCAUGACCACCUUUUGCAACCUCAUUGCCUCAGAGCCUGACAUUUCUCGCGUGCCCCUUUGCAUCGAUUCAUCCAACUUUGACGUCGUCAAGGCCGGCCUUGAAUGCGUCCAGGGCAAAUGCAUCGUCAACUCAAUCAGCCUCAAGGAAGGCGUUGACGAUUUCAAGAACAAGGCCUCCAUUAUCAAGCGCUACGGCGCUGCCGUCGUCGUCAUGGCCUUUGACGAGGACGGCCAGGCCGCUGACCUUGAUGGCAAGAUCCGCAUCUGCCAGCGCUCCUACCGCAUCCUCGUUGAAGAGGUGGGCUUCAACCCCAACGACAUCAUCUUUGACCCCAACAUCCUCACCAUCGGCACUGGCAUUGCGGAGCAUGACAACUACGGCGUCAAUUUUAUCAAGUGCAUCCGCCCCAUCCGCGAGAGCUGCCCCGGCGCCCACAUUAGCGGCGGCGUUUCCAAUCUCAGCUUUGCCUUCCGUGGCAUGAACGCCGUGCGCGAGAGCAUGCACUCCGUCUUCCUGUACCAUGCCAUCAAGGAAGGCAUGGACUUUGGUAUUGUCAAUGCCGGCGUUAUGCCCAUCUACACGGAGAUUGAUCCCAAGCUCGUCAAGCUUUGUGAGGACCUCAUCCUCAACCGCGACCCCGACGCCACCGAGAAGAUGUUGGCUUUUGCUCAGUCCAUGACCGCCGAAGUGAAAAAGGACGAGAAGGUCGACGAGUGGCGCAGCCUGCCCGUGGAAAAGCGCCUCGAACAUAGCCUGGUCAAGGGCAUUGACAAGUUUGUCGUCGAGGACACCGAGGAGGCCCGUCUCAACACUACCCUCUACCCCAAACCCUUAAACGUGAUUGAGGGGCCCCUCAUGGCUGGCAUGUCCAUCGUCGGCGAUCUCUUUGGCGCCGGCAAGAUGUUCCUGCCCCAGGUCAUCAAGUCAGCCCGUGUCAUGAAGCGCGCUGUUGCCCACCUGAUCCCCUUUAUGGAGGCCGAGCGCGAUGCUGCCUUUCGCGAGCAGGGCAUUGACCCCAACACGGCCGAUGUCUCGGACAUGUACAACGGCACCAUGGUCAUUGCCACUGUCAAGGGCGACGUCCACGACAUUGGCAAGAACAUCGUGGCCGUCGUGCUGGGCUGCAACAACUACAAGGUUGUUGAUCUUGGCGUCAUGGUCCCCGCCAACAAGAUCCUCGACGCCUGUCGUGAACACAAGGCCGAUGUGCUGGGUCUCUCCGGCCUCAUUACACCCUCCCUCGACGAGAUGAUCUUCGUGGCCAAGGAAAUGCAGCGCACCGGUCUCGACAUUCCCCUGCUCAUUGGUGGAGCCACCACCUCUAAGAUGCACACCGCCGUCAAGAUUGCCCCAAAGUACCAACAGCCAGUCAUCCACGUGCUUGAUGCCUCCCGCUCUGUUGUCACCGUCUCCUCGGUUCUCGACAAGAAGAACCGCGAGGAGUAUAUCGAGGACAUCAAGGACGAGUACGACGAAAUUCGCGAGGAGUACCUUGACUCCCUGGCCGACCGUACCUAUGUCUCCCUGGCCGAUGCCCGUGAGCGCCGCUGCGUUAUCGAUUGGGCUGCCGAGGCGCCCGCCAAGCCUAACAUGACUGGCCUCAAGGUCAUUGAGGACGUGGAUCUUGAGCGCGUGGUCAAGUACAUUGACUGGAAACCCUUCUUUGAGGUGUGGCAGCUCCGUGGCAAGUACCCUAACCGCAACUACCCUAAGAUCUUUGACGAUGCCCACGUGGGCGAGGAGGCGCAGCGUGUCUUUGCCGACGGCCAGGCUCUCUUGCGCCGCAUUAUCGACGAAAAGCUCAUCCGCGGCAAGGGUGUUUUUGGUAUCUUCCCGGCCAACACGGUCAACCACGAUGACAUUGAAAUUUACGCCGACGACACCCGCACCGAGCCCACGGCCACGCUUUUUGGUCUGCGUCAGCAAGCCGAGAAGAUGGACAAGAGCGAUGCCUAUUUUUGCCAGUCCGACUUUGUUGCACCCAAGGAAUCGGGCAUCCCGGACUACGUGGGCCUUUUUGCCGUCAACUGUGGAAUUGGCGCUGAUGAGCUGGCCAACAAGUUCCUGGCUGACCACGAUGACUACAACAACAUCAUGGUCAAGGCUCUGGCUGAUCGCCUCGCCGAGGCAUUUGCGGAGAUGUUGCAUGAGGAUGUCCGCCGCGAGUACUGGGGUUAUGCCAAGGAUGAGAGCUUCAACAGUCGUGAGCUUCACCAGCUCAAGUACGAUGGCAUCCGUCCCGCACCUGGCUACCCUACCCAGCCUGAUCACACCGAAAAGGCCACGUACUGGAAGCUUUUGGAUGCCGAGGCACGCGCCGCCAUGAGCUUGACCGAGUCUUUCUCGAUGAUGCCCGCCGCCUCGGUGUCGGGCCUGUUCUUUGCUCACCCCAAGUCAGAGUAUUUUGCCGUGGGCAAGAUCACGCGCGAGCAAGUCGUUGACUAUGCUGAGCGCAAGGGGCAAGAGGUUGAGACCGUUGAGCGCUGGCUGGCGCCCAUCCUCGCCUAUGACCCUGAUGAGGAGUAA